AUGAAUUACAUUUUUGUGUUAUGCUGUGUUACUCACACCUUACUCUUCUCUCUCCAUUCUUCUUCCCCCUCCUUUCCCUCAGUGGCCUGGAGGGUAGUGAUAGACUGUGUCCAGGAGGCGCGGGCAGGGGCAAGGCUUAGGCAGCUGUCCUUCUCUGGGAUGACAGGUGUCCGUAUGCUGGGCCUGCUCCACGACACGGUGGUCUUCUUGGUGGAGCAGCUCCAGGGGGCCCGCCGCUGCCAUAGCCACGCCUUCCGCUUCUUUAAACAGAUCAGCCAAGAGGAGGACCUGCCUGUCAACCCCUCUGGAUGUGCCCGCUCUGAGGUCUACCUCAGGAAGUCCACCUUCGACAUGUUCAACUUCCUGGCUUCCCAGCACCGCCAGCUCCCUGACAUCAACCCCUACGAUGAGGAGGAACAACAAGUCCCACUCAAAUCCACAAGACGUGCCACUAGCUUGGACCUCCCCAUGGCCAUGCACUUCAGAUAUCUGGAGAGGACAUCUAAGGAGGCUAUAGGCGUGUACAGGUCAGCACACAACUAG